CACCAUGAGCACCAAAACAGCGCUUCCUAUCUGGACUCAGCAUGCGGAGGAGCACAAAACCUGGAUUUCCCCCAACGCCAUGCGUCUCUUUUCGAGCAGGACAGACGCGCCGGAGCACCUUGCGCCGGAGUUGCCGGGCCGCGCGUCAGCCCACGGGAAUCCCGAGGCCGGCUGCGCGGAGAUGGGCGACACGCCGCCCCACUGCGGCCCGCACAGACACCGGCGGGUGGCAGCCAACGCACGGGAGAGGAGGAGGAUGCACGGCCUCAACAAAGCCUUUGACGAGCUGAGGAGCGUCAUUCCGUCACUAGAGAACGAGAAAAAGCUGUCCAAGUACGACACCCUCCAAAUGGCGCAGAUUUACAUCACCGAGUUGUCGGAGCUCCUGGCUGGCGUGGUCCAGCAUCACCCGGCCUCCGCCGCGGACAAAACCCCCUGCAGGAGGAACAUGAUCCACAGUCACAUUGCGGAGCCGAACCGGCAAAGAGAACGGAGGGACUCCUCUUCUUCGCACCUCAUCAUACUCGGGCCUAAAAGUGAGCUGCAUAAAAGCAAUUCUUGCCACUGCAGUGAUGGGGAAUCUUCUCAUCUCAGUGACGUAGAAGAGACUCAAAGUGGGGGACAUUAAAUCUGCACACUGGAAGUACCACGAGCAUGGCGAGACAAAAAGUUUACUUUGUAUAUUUCCUUUCAUAGAUUUUCAAAUAUGUACCUAUCAAGUGCUUGACAUGUCAUUUGAUGAUAAAAAUGAAACAAACUGCAUAUUAAUGAGGGGGGAAAAACAGGAAGAAAAGUUACUUUUUUGUUCCUUUUUUAAGAAGGAUGACUCAAAGUUAUUGGAGACACUGGAAUCACCGUUUUUGAGGGUCUUAUUUAACUUUUAAAUACUAUACAUGGAACUUUUGUUGAAAAUAUGACAUAUUACCACCGAGACUACUUGGAUCUUCAUCUCAUUUGGUGUGCACCUGUAUUUGAGGUCAACAACAACAAUGUGUUGUCAAGGUGAACUCAUUCUUUUAAAAACAUCCAGUCUAUCAAAUAUUGAGCUGCUUUUGGUCUUGCGGGUAGUGAAAGGGUUAAGUGAUAGUUUGAUGGAAUAAUUAGAAAUAGGUUAAUAAAGUGGGCUGGAAUGUUUAAACAUCUUUUUAUGGUCACAAUGAACUCUCACAGGCCAUUUUUUGCACUUUACAUGAGCUAAAGCAUCAUUAAUGUGAUUAUGUUCUACAUUUUGGUAUUUAUGUAUAUACAGGAUUCAUGAUGGGGUUUUGGUUUUGUUUUGUUUUGUUUUUUUGCUCAA